AAGCAAACAGCAAUCUGUUCUCCCUAUUUUAUUUAGAAAAUCUUUGGGCUUCUAUUCUCUCUCUCUCUCUCGAGCGUUUUCUUGUCUUCAAGCCAAGGUUCCACACAACAUCCGACCCGAACCACCUAACCCACCCAUCUGUCGACGGUCGGGUAUCCAUUUUCAUGGUUUAACAAUCUCCGGUAGGACACAAUACUAGCAUCUUCUUUUCUGUCCUAAACUCCCAAAGUACUUGUUGAUUAUAUUUUCUACUACUUUUGCUGAAACGACGCCGCCAGUUACCGGUUUGCCCCUGAGUUGGUAUAACACAAAAAAGUUGUUAAAGUUGAAAAGACCCUGUCUUCCUCGGUGCUUUAACAACUUUCAGGUGACUUUUACCUUUUGUAUUCGUUUCCACUAAAUAAAUCUGUAUUCUUCGACUGUCAAUCUCCAAAAAAAGAGUCAUGUGUUUGGGUCUUAAGUUGUUUUUAUCACUAUUCAUUUAUUUUUCAUAGUCUGAUAUAUGGUCCGCUGGGUUGAACCUGCUAAGUGUAUUCUUUUUCGUUUGAAUCCGUGCUGUAGAUAAUCUCAUUAUUGAGCAAUAAAUUCUUCCAAUUAACACUUAAUAAGUUUUAGAUCUGAAAUUGGAUGAAGUUGGAGAGAGAUAAAUAACAGAAUUUUCAGAAUUUCAAAGCAAUUAAAUCUUGGGUGAUUAGCCAUUCUUAUUUGGCAUCCCGGUGCACUCAUAAAGACUGGCCCAUCAUUGUUGAUUGGGUUUUCAAGUUUUAUCAAGGCUUUUUCUUUGCUGAGUGAAGGGAAAUUUGAAACUUUAUCUGAAGUAACAGUCUGGAAAACAUGACCCGGACUUCCAUCUGCCAAAUCCCUCUACCUGUCAAAAAAUUUUAAAAGCCAUUGUCAAGUUAUUGUGGGUCUCAUAGGUUCAGGCUAUAUGUUACUUCACAUUUUUAUCCCAUUUGUUUAACAAUUUCAGCCAAGCUUCCUUUAUUCAUGUUGUGUAAGAGGUCCAAAUAUGACUCGUUUGAGCAGCUUGGUGAUGUUUGUUUUGUUAAAAUCCUACUGAUAAACAUAAGUGAAUCAUCAGCUACAAAUGUCUUAUCUAUGCAAAAGAACACUUUCUUUUGCCAUUUUACUCUUUUCCUUUUUGAAAGGCCUUUACUAAUCUUUCCAGAGCUAGUUAUGGGGCGUCAUUGACUCAUUGAACUCGAGCAAUAUUUUCUCUGUUCUCAUCUGGCCUUUGUCUUGUUGUGUAUGUACUUUUGCCUGGUCAAGCCCUUGGAGUCACUUAAAAGAGUUUUGAGACCAUCUUUUGUUAUGAUUUUGAAUUUCUUUUGAUAUUUUGAGUCUCAGUCAUCUGGUAUUAAUUCUGACUUUCACAUAAACUGAAACUUAGAAGAGCAUAAUUAUAUUAUCUCUCUGAGAACCAAUGACCUUUUUGUUUUCCUCUUUUAAUUUCAAUUAUUUCACUCUGGCUGUACUUGUAAAGUACUAAUGAUCAUGUGGUGCAUAUAUAUGGAUUUUCUGUCUGGUUUCAUCAACAUACAAGUAAUUCAUGGAGUUCUUAUUGAGCUUUGCAGUGUUUUGUCUUUUAAAACUGCAGAUGUUAAAGCUUGAUUUUUGUUAUGUAGCUAAAUGGCAAGAGUAAUUUCCCUGGGCAAAGUUAGAUGACUCGAUAUGAGGCUAUACAUUGUUAAUAAUAUAGUAAAAUUGAAGUUCAUCUAAUAGAAAAAAUAUGCUAGAUACUAGGAUGAAGAAAGGAGCCUUCUUGCUAUAGACGAUUUGAGAGAGCCUAUCUUGGUGGUAACAAAUUAAACAAUAGCUUAUUUUGAUAAUCUCACUGGUUUUGUGAGUCAUGGAUAAAGAAAAGAUGUACCAUUCACCGACUAUUAUAGUUUGAGUAACUCGAGUAUGCCUACUCUUUAUUUUAAUCCCUUGAUAUUUUAGUCUUCCAUCUGCCAUAUUUCGGGAGAAUUUCAUGAUGCUAGUUAAGUUGGUGAUCGUCUUUGGUCUUGAAUUGGAAAUCGUACAAGAGAAAAGUUUUAGGCAAUAUUGUUUCUUUUAAUGUGCUUGUUGUAAGUUUUAAUCAAAAUGUUGUUCUUUAUGGAAGUAUUGUACAAUGAGUCCUGACUGAGAUGUAACAUGGUCUCUAACUUUUUGAUGUCAAAAUCGACUAGUACACCUGUUUCUUCUCGAAAAGGGAAAGGGAGAAAGAAAACAAGUAAAUAGGGCGAAGAAAAGGGUAAAAACAAUUUUUUUUGUUAAAUGCAUAAUCACUCUUUUGUGUCUCCCGUCUUAGGGAAAAGCUGCUUCGGAAUAAGUUGGCUGAUCGUUUAUCUUUGAGACUUUAUAGGUACUUGUGUGUUUGUUUAUGAAGGUAGAAUAAUGUUUAUAUCAUCUCCUCUAAUCUAGGCAUUGAUAUUUACUAGUGAUGAAAUGUUUCUGCCUUCUUUUAAUCUCUUGUAGAUUUCAUUUUUGCUUGCUUUUGCUUUUUCCUGCAAUGAGAGAAUGAGGGUCCUCUUGAGUUUUUGGGGACUCAUCAUUUUGAUCCCUUUCUUUUUGGCUGUGGUUGAUUAGAUUUAGAGUUUAUAAAGAAGGAACUUGAGCUAGUAUAAAAUGGAGUUGAAUACUAUCAAGGAUGCGUUUGAUCGCGUUACGAAGAAGCAGAAACUGUCAUCAUCAAAAUCCCAAGAAAUCAUAGAACAAAUUAGCCAAGAGAUAGAACAAGCCCUGUCAAGCAUAGGACCAGGUGAUGAUAUUAUGACUCAGACUGAUCCUAGGUUUAUGUUAUGUGAACUAAAAGCCAAGUUGAAAGAAAUCGGGCCUCUCAGUCAGCUUGAAGUGACACAGAAGGAAUUAAAUGUGGCAUUAAGCAAGUACCCAAAGCUCCUAGAGAAAUCCUUCAAUCCUGAUAUAUCAAAGGCUUACAGAAAUAUUGAUUUUGAUAUCCACACAGUGAACCAGAUAAUUGCCAGCCACUUUUAUCGGGAAGGGCAUUUUGAUCUCGGUGAUUGUUUUGUACAUGAGGCCCGGGAACCGGAAGCUGAAGCUGCAAAGUCAUCUUUUGCCAAAAUGUACCAGAUACUUGAAGCCAUGAAAUUACGCAACUUGGAGCCUGCUUUGAAGUGGGCUGCUACCAAUCAUGAUCAGCUUAACCAAAAUGGUUCUGACAUUGAAUUGAAACUUCAUCGCCUUCAGUUUGUGGAAAUUUUACAGAAAAAGCGUAGAGAUGAAGCUCUUAAUUAUGCUAAAACUUUUUUGGCUCCUUUUGCUAAGAGUCACAUGGCUGAGUUCCAGAAGCUUAUGGGCUGUCUGUUGUGGGCUGGAAAGCUUGAUGCUUCACCAUAUGCUGAAUUGCUGUCCCCAGUGCACUGGGACAAGUUGUCUGAGGAGCUUACCCGGCAUUUCUGCAAUUUAAUGGGUCAGUCCUUUGAGAGUCCAUUAAGCGUAACGGUUGCUGCUGGAGGCCAAGGUUUGCCAACCCUUCUGAAGCUGAUGAAUGUAAUGACAGGAAAGAAGCAGGAAUGGCAGUCAAUGAAACAGUUACCUGUUCCAGUGGAUUUGGAUAGAGAAUUCCAGUUCCAUUCUGUCUUUGUGUGCCCUGUGAGUCGAGACCAGGCAAGCGAAGAGAAUCCACCCAUGCUUUUGUCGUGCGGGCACGUGCUCUGCAAGCAGUCUAUAACUAAGUUGUCAAAGAAUAACAGUACUAGACCUUUCAAGUGUCCUUACUGCCCCUCUGAGGUUGAGGUAGGUCAAUGCAGGCAGCUGUAUUUCUGAUGUUUACUCCCGACGCAUAACCCUGUUGUUCUAAAAUCCUUCUUUGGUCAUCCUUUUUUUGUUUCACAUGAACUAAAUGUUUUAAUGGCUGUAGCGACACUGGACUCUCGGUAGUAUAGGGUUUGUGUGGCAGGGUGGUUAAAGCGGGUUUCUUCUGGCGGUAUACUGUUGGGCUGGAACGGGUGUAAAUAGAUAGAUAUUCUUUGCACAUUCAUUAUUAUCAGUAAGAAGGCCUACCUUGAUACUAGUAUUUUAACGUUGCCUGAA